AUGAAACAGGUCAAACCACCCGACCCCAACACCCUGCGCGUACUAGUAGCCACGGACACCCACCUCGGGUUCGCGGAGCGCGACGCCGUGCGUAAGGACGACGCGUUCGCGGCGUUUGAGGAGAUUUUCAGGCACGCGAGAGAGCAAAAGUGUGACUGCGUUUUCAUGGCUGGCGACGUCUUCGACGUCAACAAGCCGUCGCGAGAGACGCUGGUUCGGUGCAUGGAUGUCUUGCGAGAGGCGACGAGAGGCGACGGCGCGGUUCGCAUCGAGGUCUUGAGCGACACGAAAGAAAACUUUCCUCAUAGAGGAAUUGUGAAUUAUGAAGAUCCACACACAAACGUCGAGCUACCGGUGUUCUCAAUUCACGGCAAUCACGACGAUCCAGCUGGGGAAAGGAAUCUCAGCGCGAUGGACGUGUUAGCGAGCGCUGGCGUCGUAAACUAUUUUGGCAAGCACGCGUUAGCGGGAGGCGGCACGGGCAACGUGGACUUAAAGCCGGUGUUACUUAGAAAGGGAACGACCAAGGUGGCGCUUUACGGCUUGGGUUACAUACGAGACAAUAGAUUACAUCAGAUGUUUAGUGUCAAAGGGUGCGUAAGAUGGCAUCGACCCGCCGAGACGGAAGACUGUUCGUCAUCUUCUUGGUUCAACGUCAUGCUGAUCCACCAGAAUCGCGCGGCGCACUCGAAGAAUGCGAUUUCAGAACGGUAUUUGCCAAGUUGGUUGGAUUUCGUCAUUUGGGGCCAUGAGCACGAGUGUUUGGUUGAGCCAACGGAAUCGACUCAGGGCUUUCACAUUUCACAGCCCGGCUCAUCCGUAGUUACUUCGCUCAUAGAGGGCGAGGCCAAAGAAAAGAAAAUAUGCGUGUUGGAAGUGAGGAGCGAUCCGGAAAAUCCCAACUCAGCGCCGUACUGGAGAGCGACGCCGAUACCUUUGCUUUCGUCGCGACCAUUCGAGUUCGAGCAAAUGUCGCUAGCGUCCACGCCUGAGCUCGAAGGCGUCGACGCCGAGGGUAUGUCUAAAUACCUCGAAAACUGCGUCCGCGAUAUGAUUGCUCGGGCGACGCGCAAGCACAAGGAGCGACACGCGCCGAAUGAAGUGGACAUGACAGACCGUAUGAACUUGCCCCUCAUACGUCUGCGAGUGGAUUACUCUGGCGGCUUUAGCACCAUCAACCCGCAACGAUUCGGACAAAAGUUUGUCGGCGUCGUCGCAAAUCCGCACGACAUUUUACUGUUUCAUAAAUCUCAGAGAAAACGCACGAAAGACGGUAUGGAUGUCAAUUACGAAGCAGAAAACGACGAGCUCCAGUUAGAGGAGGAUGACAUCGCGGACGGCGCUCUAGAGGAUCAGAGAAGAAUCGAUAGACUCGUUCGCGAACAUUUGGGGGACUCAGACGGAUUGCAACUCCUUACUCCGCACGACCUCUCCGCUGCCUUGGAUGAUUUUGUGAAUCGCGAUGAAAAAGCGGCGAUAUCGCAACUUUGCUCGCAGCGCUUGAAAGCCGUGCAGACGUCGGUGAACGCCGACGAGCAAACGGAUGACGACGUGGAUAACCUGGUGAAUAAAAUAUACGAAGCUGUCAAGGAGCAGUUGAAGAAGCCGAGCAAGCACAAACCUGUCAUGGACGAAAACACAGAGCCAAAGACGGUCGUGAAGAAGUGUGGUCAAGGUGCCGCGCCCGCUGUGACGAAGAUAAAUGACGAACUGCUCGACGUGGAACCGCCGACGCAGAAGCGCGUGCCGGCGCGUCAAGCGAUAUCGAAGAAAGUAGAGGCGCCCCUUGGUGCGUUUGAUCGAGGCGACGAAUCAGACGACAUUAUCGAAGACAGUGACGAUGAGGUGAUUCCGUUGAGCAACCCAAUUCAAAAGCCAGUGAAAGCUUCUCGUGCGACGGCCAUGGCUUCGACACGCGCGAAGAGGAACGCGGUAAAGAAGCUAACGGUUCCCACUGACGUCGUGAGUGACUCUGAUGAUUCUUUCAACGUUGAAGACGAAGACAUUGAGGCGUCAGAUGAUGAUGCGUCGAUAGCGCUUCCAGCAGCGCGUGGCAGGAAAAGACCCGCGAUGUCAACAUCCAAAACGCAGAAGAAAACGAAGACGCACCGACCGUCGAAAAACGCGGCGCCGGAUGACGAUAGUGGCGAUGAAGUUGACGACGUCGCGGCGCCGCCAAUUUCCAGGCGGUCGAUGCGAGGGACCCAAGGUACGACGCAAGGAACGCAAAACACAUGGGGUCGUUCGCGUCGAUGA